UUUUGUAGGCGGCUUCACAAAGCAGAAACGAAACGAAACCGCGUAGGGAGAACAAAAUUCCAGUUUCCUCCUCCUCCGUAUCGUGGACGUUCACCAUCCUCUGCUUCCGCACGUCGGCGCAAAAGAUAGAGCCCAUGGCGUCUCCUCGCCCCCCGCCAUCGAAGCCCUUGGAUCUCGACCUCACCAUCGUCUCAGCCAAGCAUCUCAAGAACGUCAACUGGAAAAACGGGGAUCUCAAGCCCUAUGUUGUCUUCUGGGUCGACCCGGACCGUCGUCUCGCCACCAAAUCCGAUGACUCGGGUUCUACCUGCCCUGUCUGGAACGAACGCUUCACUCUCCCUCUCGCCCACUCUCUCCAAGAUUCCUUCCUCACCCUUGAGAUUUUCCAUUCUAAACCCUCAGAAACGCCCAAGCCCUUAGUCGGCACACUCCGUCUCUCACUCAAGGACGUCGACGACCUGGAAGAUUCAACCCGGCUCCGGAAGUUCACUCUCACGCGCCCCUCCGGUCGCCCUCAGGGUAAGAUCCAUCUGAAGCUCGGUCUUCUUGGACGUCCUCUGCCCCCAACCAUAGACUACGCAAACCCUAGCCCUCCAUUGGUAUGCUAUAUACCGACAAAUCCGAUUCCUCCGCCUUCUGCUCGCGAUUUCAGGGGAUACUCACCUUCGCCGUCUCCUCCACCGUACUCUUCUUACAGCUCGUACCCGGAUGCGUACUCUGGGUACUAUCCUGGAUAUUACUCCAGCGCUCCUCCUCCGCCGCCCCCGCCAAGGCCUUUCUUUGAUCGUCCGGUGAAUUAUGGUGGGCCUAGCGGGCCGUCAGCUCCGCUUGAUUAUUCGUCGUAUGAUCACAAGCCGAAGAGUGGGAAAAUGGGUAUGGGUGCGGGGCUUGCAGUGGGCGCUGUUGCUGGUUCUUUGGGUGGGCUUGCUCUUGGGGAGGGUCUGAAAUAUGAAGAGGAAAAGGUUGCCGAAAAGGUUGAAAAUGACAUGGCUACCCGGGAUGAUUAUAGCGAUUAUCGUUAUCGAGACUCACUCAACUCAGCGCUGCGCUUGAAGGUCUUGGAACUGCCUCCGCCCAUGCCAAAAGGAAAGGAAAGGAAAGGGUUCGUAUUCACUAUUCAAGAACACCACAGUGACAAAACACCACACACGUGGCGAACAGUAAGGUACAGCACACGAGCCAGCGAAGCCUUGGGUGUGGGAGUGGGGAUGUUGAGAACUUCUCUCCUGGGUGGCCCUUCUGUGAAACACGUGGCGCAUUCCGAGGCCGUGAGGAUGCCACCGGGGCCUGAAGCAGCGGUUGCAAAGGGUACGUGCAUGCCCGGUUUGAAGAGGGCCGGAGAGAAGAGCGAUGUGGGCGUAUGUGGGAAGCCAUUCCUGCAUAAGAGUUUGAAACUUGACAACAUGCCUUCUUCUACACCCGCCCUGGUUUCCAAAUGCACCGUUUUCCCUGAUCGCAAGUCCACCCUCGGAGACCUCAAGCUCUCCGUCUCCGACCUUCCCAUGCUCUCCUGCCACUACAUCCAGAAGGGCUGCCUCUUCACCCUUCCUCCCCAUCUCCUCCCUUUUCAUCCUUUCAUCCCUCUCCUCAAGUCCGCUCUCUCUCGCACUCUCUCCUUCUUUCCUCCCCUGGCAGGCCGCUUCAGGACCGAUUCCGUUGGCUACGUCUACAUCACCUGCAACGAUGCCGGCGUCGAUUUCCUUCACGCCACUGCCACCGGAUUCUUCACCCGCGACCUCCUGGCUCCACCCGAUGUCCCCGAAUCCUUCAGGCAAUUCUUCACUUUUGACAGGAAAGUUAGUUACAGUGGUCAUUUCAGCCCGAUUUUGGCCGUUCAGGUCACCGAGCUGGCAGACGGUGUUUUCAUCGGCUGUUCCGUCAACCACGCCGUUACAGACGGGACCUCCUUCUGGAAUUUCUUCAAUACUUUCGCCGAAGUCUUCAGAGGAGUCAACAAUAUUUCCAAGGUGGCGGACUUCCGUCGGGAGUCCGUUCUCAUCUCGAAAGCGGUGCUCCAUUUCCCAGAAGGCGGGCCGAAGGUCACCUUCAAAGCCGACGGGCCGCUGCGGGAGCGAAUUUUCAGCUUUAGCCGCGAGGCAAUCCAAAAGCUGAAAGCCAGAACGAAUAGCAGGAGAUGGACAGGCAACGAAAACGGUGACGUCACCAGCGCCGCAGAGUUGAUGGGGAAGCAGAGCAACGAUCCUUACCAGAAGGAGAACAGGAUAGUAACGUUCAGGCCCGAGAACAGGGUCAAAAGUGCGGACGCUGAAACGGUGGAGAUAUCGUCGUUUCAGUCGCUUUGCGCACUGCUCUGGCGGGCGGUAACGAGCGCCAGGAAGUUGCCAGCGUCGAAAACGACGACAUUCAGAAUGGCGGUUAACUGUCGGCACAGGCUAGAACCUAAAUUGGAUCAGUACUACUUCGGGAAUGCGAUUCAGAGCAUACCGACGUACGCGUCGGCAGGCGACGUGGUGUUGAGGGAUUUGCGGUGGUGCGCGGAGCAACUGAACAAGAACGUGAGGGCGCACGACGACGCUACGGUGAGACGGCUCGUAGAGGAGUGGGAGAGGAACCCGAGGUGCUUCCCGCUGGGGAAUCCGGACGGUGCAUCCAUCACCAUGGGGAGCUCGCCGAGAUUCCCAAUGUACGACAAUGAUUUCGGGUGGGGCAGGCCGGUGGCGGUUCGAAGCGGUGGGGCCAAUAAGUUCGACGGGAAGAUCUCGGCUUUUCCAGGCAGAGGGGGCAGGGGGAGCGUCGAUUUGGAGGUGGUGUUGGCCCCCGAAACCAUGGCGGGAUUGGAGUCGGACUCAGAGUUCAUGCGAUACGCGUCGUGCUUGCAGUUACAUGCUGUUUGAAGGGGCUGCCCCUGCUUCACGAGAAUAUUGUAUUUUCAAUUUAAUUUUUGGCCAGUGUAUGAAUGAAAUAACUGAUCAGUGUUUUUGUUUUUGGCCUGAAAAUAAUAACUAAUAAGUGUUGUGGUUAUGAUUAUUGAAUA